GAAACGGACGAAAGAUUUCAAUUUUGCAGAUGUCCAGUCGUCAAUCCUUCUCAUUGCAUUUGCAUAACACGAUAUUCGGUUGCUGAGAACGAACAAACGAACGCCCCCCGUGUGUUUUGCUUUUGUGAGUGUGUGUGUGAGAGAGAGAGAGUGAGGGUUAGUUCGUCCGUGAAGCUCUGAUACGCUCUGUUCUUGCUGGAGUGGAGCUGAGCUCUUCUAAGAACAACAGUAAAGCAUUUUGGGUUUCUUUCUUCUUGUUUAGAUUUCUCAAGGGAUUCAACUAUGGCUGGUACAGAGCAGCUUAGAAGAAGAAGAACCAGUAGCAAAUGGAGACUAUUUACAAUAAUGGUUCUUGUCAUUUUCACUGGCUUGUUCUCGCUAUCUUGCGCUACUAGGUUACCUGCAUCUCGCCAGAAGCUUCAAGUUCAGAAACACUUAAAGAGGCUCAAUAAACCCGCAGUUAAAAGCAUCAAGAGUUCUGACGGAGAUAUCAUAGAUUGUGUACACAUCUCUCAGCAACUAGCAUUUGAUCAUCCCUUUCUCAAAGACCACAAAAUUCAGACGAGGCCAAGCUAUCACCCAGAAGGUCUUUAUAAUGACAUUGAUGAAAGCAAGAAGGUCUCGUCAGGACGACCUAAAGAGAGAAAAACCCAAAUCACCCAACUUUGGCAUAUGAAUGGUACUAGAUGCCCUGAAGACACCAUACCCGUUAGAAGAACAAAGAAGGAUGAUAUUCUAAGAGCAACUUCUGUUAAAAGACAUGGUAAGAAGAAACACAGAAGCAUCCCUCAACCUAGGUCUGCAGAUCCCGACCUCAUUAAUGAAAGCGGCCAUCAGCAUGCAAUAGCUUAUGUUGAAGGUGGAAAAUAUUAUGGAGCCAAAGCAACCCUAAAUGUUUGGGAACCCAAAAUUCAACAACCAAACGAGUUCAGUUUAUCUCAGUUAUGGGUAUUGGGUGGUUCCUUUGGUGAAGAUCUCAACAGCAUUGAAGCUGGCUGGCAGGUUAGCCCAGAUCUUUAUGGAGAUAACAACACCAGAUUGUUCACUUACUGGACAAGUGAUGCAUAUCAAGCAACAGGAUGCUACAAUCUACUUUGCUCAGGCUUUAUUCAAAUCAACAGCGAGAUUGCUAUGGGUGCUAGCAUCUCUCCCGUUUCUGGAUAUCGUGAUUCCCAAUACGAUAUUAGUAUUCUUAUCUGGAAGGAUCCUAAAGAAGGACAUUGGUGGAUGCAAUUUGGGGAUGAUUACGUUAUGGGUUAUUGGCCUUCUUUUCUGUUCUCAUACCUGACUGAGAGUGCUUCGAUGAUAGAGUGGGGAGGAGAGGUGGUUAAUUCGGAGGCGGAUGGGAAACACACGACUACAGAAAUGGGGAGCGGUGGGUUCCCUGAGGAAGGGUUUGGAAAGGCUAGCUAUUUCAGGAAUAUUCAGAUAGUUGAUAGUUCAAACAAUUUAAAGGGUCCUAAAGGGAUGGGAACUUUCAGUGAGCAGUCUAAUUGUUAUGAUGUUCAGACAGGAAGUAAUGGGGAUUGGGGUCAUUACUUUUAUUAUGGAGGUCCUGGUAGAAACCCUAACUGCCCAUAAAAACAUUCAAUAUUUCUUCUUCUUUCUUUGUUUGUUUAAUGGUGGGUAGCAAUAGUAGGUGGUAGUGGGGGUUCUUUCUUUUCCUCUUUUUUGUUUAGGGUUUGAGGAAAAGGAGUUGGGUCCAUGAAGUUUCUUCUUUAAAGCUAGAAAGAAAGAAAACAGGACCUUCUCUUUGUGUGUCAACUUGUUUUGAUUUUCUUUUCUUUUCUUUGGGUUGUAAUUGUAAUUGUAAUGUUUCUCUUCUCUCUUCCUUUCUUUGGUUAAGACCAAAAUAUGGGCAUGGUGCUUGCUGGGUGGGUGAGCUUUUGUAAAUUCUCAGUUUUUCUUUUAUUUAUUUUGUAAGAGUACUAGUCUCUUUA